AUGUCUUUCUUAUCAAUUCGCAAUGCGUACUCUCAAUUAUUUCCACCAAAACCUUUUUUUACCGAAAAGGAGAUCCCAACUCAACAAGGUCGCAUCUUCAUCAUUACAGGCGGCAAUUCUGGUAUUGGAUUCGAACUAUGCAAAAUCCUAUAUGGCACGGGUGCGACAAUUUACAUGACCUCUAGGUCCAAGGGACGAGCGAUAGCAGCGAUCAAGACUAUAGUGGAAGCCCGUCCGGCCCCAAAGACGCCCGGUCAGCUCAAGUUCCUUGAACUUGACCUGAACGAUCUCGAGUCAGUCAAGCGAGCAGCCGCCACAUUUGGACAACAGGAAUCCAGACUACACGUUCUGUGGAACAAUGCAGGAACUGGGGCGAACAUGGUUGAUCCGGGAUCUAAGACAGCACAAGGCUUCGAGGCUAUGGUUGGCAUGCAUUGCAUUGCAACAUUGCUUUUCACCAAGCUACUGUUGGCUCAACUCCAGGCUACAGCUGGAUUGGAAACACCAGGGUCCACGAGGGUAGUUUGGACAUCUAGUUUCCUGGCUGAAGGGGGUUCGCCGCCAAACGGAGUCGACUUCAAGUCCUUGGCAGAGGGUACGAAAGAUCGCAUUCGCAACUAUGCCGUGUCGAAAGCAGGAACGUGGAUGCUGUGUCGGGAAUGGGCGCAGCGAUACGGCGGAGAUGGAAUUGUCAGUGUGGUUCAAAAUCCUGGAAACCUUAAGGCUGGAUCGUAUGCGGGUACUCCGGCUAUAACUAUGUUUCUCAUAAGUCCACUUCUCCAUGAGGCACGAUUCGGUGCCUAUACCGGGCUGUAUGCCGGUCUUUCAUCGGAUAUCUCACUGGAAAACAAUGGCGCGUAUAUCAUUCCAUGGGGAAGAAUCCGAGAAGAUAAGGAUUGUCCGCGAAAGGAUAUUCUCAAAGCAAUGCUUCCGCUCGAGGAAGGUGGUUUGGGGUAUAGUGCGAAAUUAUGGCAGUGGUGUGAGGAACAGUGGAAGCAAUAUCUGUGA